GUAUAAUCGCGCAAUCAUUAUGAGUAAGUUCAGAGUGUUGGUUUUUCUGUUUUUGUUCCUUCUAAAACUCUGCAAUGUGGUCUACGGUGGUUGUAACAUAACCCUAAAUAGCGACCUGGGUAACCCUUCCCCGGUAUAUAUCCACAAUGGCGGGUUCCUUGCGCCAAACUCGAGCACUGGCGCCAUCUCGCUCCGUCGUUCGGAAACUUUGGAGAUAGCAUGCCCGGGAAACAAGAAGUUCGUCGUUUUGGGCAACGAUACCACGGAAUAUCAAAUUUUUCCAGUGAAAUGUGUGAAGGACACAACGUUCCGAGCUACCAAGUCGCCGUGGGUGGGUAAUCUGAAGGACAUCAGAUGCAACGCUCCGCCAUGGUUCACCACUGAACCAACAGAGGCUAGCUGCUCCGGUGCCCAUACGAUUUAUAGGAUAGGCUAUAAUAUAGGUGGCAAGUUCUAUGAACUGUACGAGGCGUGUUUCGACGAAGUACUUCUGCGUACGCUCUACGUCAAACAGCAGCUGAAACCGGAGAGCAGGUUUACACAACCGGGUCGACGACCUUCCUUUGUCGAAGGGGAUGUAUUCGGCAAAGUGAAAAUGUCAAAAGCGUACAAAAUAGAAAACCAAAAACUGAGACUGAAGGAGAUCCUCGGCAGUGGAAUGGAAGAUAAAUACGUUACAAAGUCACAGCGCAUCAACCGCGGUCACCUGGCAGCUCGAGCAGAUUUUCCAUUGCGCGCUCAGCAGAAGGCGACUUUUCACUACAUCAACACCGCGCCGCAAUGGAUGCGCGGCAACGCGGGUGACUGGGCCGCGCUAGAAGAUGCGAUACGUCGUCGUGUUCACGCCUAUGGGCAGACGGUGACAGUGUACACGGGCACUAAUGGUAUAUGCACACUGCCGGACAGUUCGGACGUGCAUCGACAGAUAUACCUGACCACGGACCAGAACAACAAUCGAGUGGUGCCUGUCCCCAUGUACUUCUAUAAGGUGGUAUAUGACCCAACGAAGUACACAGCUGUAGCUUUCAUAUCCAUCAACUCGUCAUACUACAAUAACACUAUGAUACAGAAGUUGGCCUUCUGUAACGACGUGUGUGAACAAAACCCGCAGUUCUCGUGGCUGACAUGGCGGCCAAAGGACGGGACUCACAGCUUUUGCUGUAAAUACGAGGAUUUCGUCAAAACUGUCCGCGAUUUGCCUGAACUUAAUGUUAGAGGUCUUUUUUAUUGAGGUUACAAAAACUACAAAACCGGUCAAGUGCGAGUCGAUCUGGCACAUGAAGAGUUCCGUACAUUCGUAAAAAAUUAUAACACAUAUAUACACACAGGUAUGCAUACAUUUUGAGAACGCACUCGCCAUAUUUGCUCAUGUGUCAACUGGUUGUGUAUGAUUUUUACGUCCAUGAGUCUUUAAUGGUACUUGUGCAAAGACACAGCCAAUUGCAUGGCGGCCAUUUUGAAAUUCGCCAUCUUGGUUUCUUAUUAUUUUUGUUGUUAUAGCGGCAAUAGAAAUUCACACUGAAACUCUACCUAUAAUAGAUACAGGCAGCUACAGACAGACGGACGAACGCUUUCAUAUCCACAACUCGUCAUACGAGUACUACAAUAACACAAUGAAUACAGAAGUUGGCCUUCUGUAACGACGUGUGUGAACAAAACCCGCAGUUCUCGUGGCUAACAUGGCGCAUAAAGGACGGGACUCACAGCUUUUGCUGUAAAUACGAAGAUUUCGUCAAAACUGUCCGCGAUUUGCCCGAACUUAAUGUUAGAGGUCUUUUUUAUUGAAGAUACAUCCCGCUGACAGACAGACGGACAGAACGUAAAAUUAUGUCUAAAUGCAAUAGGUUUUUUUUGGCCAACCUUAGAAAGUAUAUACCUACGUGAAAUGUGAAGUGGGCUCUACACUCGCGGCGCGAACGGCCGCGAAAGCCCGCGACAACUGCGAAUCACGAGUGUAGAUGCUGUUCACGCCUUGUUUUUGUAAAAAAUUGUGUCAUGUUGAGUAUUGAAAUAUUCAACAAGAUCCCUAAUAGCAUCAAAUUGUUGCCUUUGAAUAGAUUUAGGACUGAGCUAUUUAAAUGGCUUAACAUGCACAAUUUUAUGAACUUAAAGAAUUUUUUGACAUAAAAUAGAGUAGAUAAUAUUAUGGACUUUGAGUGAUUUUAACCGUUGAUUUUUCAUGCACGAAAUUUGUACGCCAUUCCAUGGCUAAUGUGAUACCAAUAUGAAUUUGUAAGACCUAUUUAACCCACAUUUAAGCAAAUAAAAUAAUUUGAUUUGAUUUGAUUU